AUGAACUCGCUGGCCCUGACCGAUCACGGCAACUUGCACGGUGCCCUGGAGUUCUAUCAAAAGGCCCAAGCCGCAGGCGUGAACCCCAUCAUCGGCUACGAAGCCUACGUCGCGCCGAAAAGCCGCAAGAUCAAGACGGCCGACGGCAAUCAGGAGGGCACCUAUCACCUCACGCUGCUGGCCCAAAACAAAACGGGCUUCAAAAACCUGCUUCGCAUGGCUUCUUCGGCCUAUCUCGAAGGGUUCUACCGCAAGCCCCGCAUCGAUCGCGAACUGAUCGAAGCCCACAACGAGGGCAUCAUCUGCCUCAGCGGUUGCGUCUCCGGCGAGUUCAGUCGAGCCAUCCUCCGCGGCAAUGGCAGUCCAGAGCUGGAUCUCAAUCAAGCGAUGGACGUUGCCCGCUGGUUCCACGAGCUAUUUGGCGACCGGUACUUCAUCGAGAUCCAGAACAACAACCUCGAUAUCCAGCAGCAGGCCAUGGAAGGGGCCGUCGAUGUGGCCAAAAAGCUAGGGCUGCCGUUGGUGGCCACCAGCGACGCGCACUAUGUGAAUCGCGAGGAUGCCGAAGCCCAAGACGUGCUGCUGUGCAUCAACACCGGCAAGUUCCGCACCGACACCAACCGCAUGCGGAUGGACGGCGACGAGUUCUUUCUCCGCGGACCUGAGGAGAUGUACGAAUCGUUCCCGGGGCUCGAAGAGGCUGUCAAACAAAGCCAACUCAUUGCCGACACCGUCGAUAUCCAACUCGACCUGGGCCAGCGACACUUCCCGGUGUUCACCCCGCCCGAGGGCGAACAGUCGUCCGAUUAUCUCCGCCGGCUGUGCCUCGAAGGCUUGCGAGAACGCUAUGCCGAUCAGCCCGACCGUUGGGACGGGGAAGACCUUUCCGAUGAGGUGAUGCAACGCCUGGAACGUGAGCUGGGCGUGAUCAACAAGCUCGGUUUCCCGAACUACUUCCUCAUCGUGUGGGACUUCGUCCGUUUCGCCGACGAGCAGAACAUCCCCACCACGGCCCGUGGAUCGGGCGUGGGCUCGCUGGUGUCGUAUGCCCUGCACUUCAGCCACGUCUGCCCGUUGCGCUACGACUUGCUGUUCGAGCGGUUCCUGGACGAAAGCCGCGAAGAAGCCCCUGAUAUCGAUAUCGACUUCUGCAAAGAUCGCCGUGGCGAGGUGAUCCAGUAUGUAAAGGACAAAUACGGCGACGAAAACGUAGCCCAGAUCGGUACCUUCGGCACGCUGGCCGCCCGGGCUGCCAUUCGCGAUGUGGGUCGCGCCGUCGGGAUGCCCAUCUCCAAAGUCGAUUCGAUCGUGGCCAUGGUGCCCGACAAACUGGGCAUCAAACUCGAAGCGGCCAUUAACGAAAGCGCCGACCUCAAACGGGUCUACGAGACCGAGCCCGAAGUCACCGAACUGCUCGACUUGGCCAAAAAAAUCGAAGGCCUUGCCCGCAAUGUCGGCACGCAUGCCGCGGCAGUGGUGAUCGGCGAUCGCCCCUUGGUCGAGUACGUGCCACUGUGCCGAGUGCGGGACAAGGAAGAAACGAUCACCCAGUGGUCGAUGAACGACGUCGAACGCGCCGGCCUGCUGAAGAUGGACUUCCUGGGGCUGCGGAACCUUACGAUUCUGUCGAAGGCCGUGAACCUCAUCGAGCAAACCACCGGCACGAAGGUCGACCCCUACAAGUUCCCGCUCGAUGAUGACGACACAUUUGCCCUGCUGUGCCGCGGCGAGACCAAGGGCAUCUUCCAGUUGGAAAGCGGCGGCAUUCGCGACCUGCUGCAGAAGAUGAAGCCCGACUGCUUCCACGACAUCAUCGCCACCAACGCCCUCUACCGGCCGGGCCCGUUGGAAGGCGGCAUGGUCGACGACUACAUCCAGGUGAAGCACGGCCGCAAACAGGCCACCUACAAACACCCGGUGAUGGAGGAGAUCCUCGAAGAAACCCACGGGGUGAUGGUCUACCAAGAACAGGUGAUGCGGAUUCUCAACCGCUUGGGCGGCAUUCGCCUGGCCGACGCCUACAAGUGCAUUAAGGCCAUCAGCAAGAAGAAGCUGCCGGUCAUUGCGAAGUACAAAGAAGAGUUCCUUAACGGUGCCACCGAGCAGGGGCUCAGCAAGAAAGACGCCGACGAACUGUUCGGCAUGAUCGAAAAGUUCGCCGGCUACGGCUUCAAUAAAAGCCACUCGACCGCCUACGCCCUGAUCGCCUACAUGACGGCCUAUCUCAAGGCCCAUUACCCGGUCGAAUUCAUGGCGGCCCUGCUUUCUGGCGACAUCCCAGGGCGGAACUUCAAAAAGAAAGACUCCCUGGUCGAACAUCUCGAAGACUGCAACCGCAUGGCCAUCGAGGUCGUUCCGCCCGACGUGAACACCUCGGGCGUUGACUUCACCGUGGCCGACGGCAAGAUCCACUUCGGUCUUUCGGCGAUCAAAGCCUGCGGCGGCCCCGCAUCGUUGGCCAUCGAAAGGGCCCGAGAGAAAGACGGCCCGUUCACCGACCUGUUCAACUUCUGCGAACGCGUCGAUGCCAGCCAGUGCAACCGCUCGACCAUCGAAACGCUGAUCAAGGCCGGGGCGAUGGACUCCUUCGGCGCCCGCCGUUCGCAACUCACCGCCGGGGUCGAACGGGCGAUUCAAGCGGGGGCCUCGGUGCAUGCCGACCGCCGGGCUGGUCAGAAGGGCCUCUUCGACGACAUCGAAGAUGACAGCGCGACCCAGGUCGCCGCCAAUCUUCCGGACAUCCCCGAGUGGGAAGAGCGGCAAAAGCUGGCCGCCGAGAAAGAAGUGUUGGGCUACUACCUCUCGGCCCAUCCCUUGGAUGAAUACAAAGACGUACUCCAGACCUACGCCACCCACACCGCGCCCGAAGCCGCACCACUUCCCAACAAAACCGAAGUCGUGCUCGGUGGGAUGCUCUCGGCCAUCAAGUUCUCCAACACCAAGAACCCCCGGCCCGGCAGCAACGUCACCCGUUACGCCAUGUUCGAUCUGGAAGAUGUCUCCGGGCCCAUGCGCUGCAUCCUCUGGCCCGAGGAGUUCAGCGAGUGCGGGCACCACGUGGUGCCCGACGCCAUCCUCUUCGCCCGCGGCCAAAUCGAUAAACGCCCGGGCAGCGAAGAAGCCAACGUGGUGGUCAAAGAACUCAUCCCAUUGGAAGAGGCCGAACAACGUUUCACUCGGGGCAUCAUGAUCCGCGUGUCCGAACCUGUGCACGGCAUCGGGGCGCUCGACAAUCUGCAAGAAAUCCUCCGCGGAUACCCCGGCAACUGUUCGGUCGACCUGGUGCUAUGCCUCGACGAUGGCGCGAAAGUGCGUUGCAGUUGUAAGGGGGUCAAAGUCGGGCCCAAUGUCGAACUCCGCCGUCGGGUCGACGAUCUCCUCGGCCCCGGCAACUUCCGCAUGGUCGGUUCCGUCCCCCGCAAAAGCGCUAGCGGCAGCAAUGGAUCGCACCCGGCGACGCACUCCGGGGUACCACCGGCUCUCGAUCCGAUGCGGCACAGCCGCCAGAGGCCAUCAGCUCGAUCGGGCCCUCGCACGCUCGUUCCCCUGACAUUCGACACAACCCACACACCCCAUCCGCGGAAAACUCAGAGCGCAGACCUCACCUUGCGCUCUAACCCCGCCCGGCAGCCCGGCUUGCGGUUCGCGUUGCCGAACCAGAGCCGUCGCUGA